AUGAUUUCAAUAUCUCAUUUUGAGCCAAUAUCUAUUAUUCCACAAUGCAUUAUUUCAUCAAUUUGCAAUAUCUAUUAUUCCACAAUGAUUUUUCAAUAUCUCAUUUUGAGCCAAUAUCUAUUAUUCCACAAUGCACCCAACAUCUAUUAUUCCACAAUGCCAAUAUCUCAUUUUGAGCCAAUAUCUAUUAUUCCACAAUGCACGUAUGAUUUCAAUAUCUCAUUUGAGCCAAUAUCUAUUAUUCCACAAUGCACCCAAUAUCUAUUAUUCCAUGAUUUUCAAUAUCUCAUUUUGAGCCAAUAUCUAUUAUUCCACAAUGCACGUAUGAUUUCAAUAUCUCAUUUUGAGCCAAUAUCUAUUAUUCCACAAUGCAUUAUGAUUUCAAUAUCUCAUUUUGAGCCAACAUCUAUUAUUCCACAAUGCAUCCAAUAUCUAUUAUUCCACAAUGCACGUAUGAUUUCAAUAUCUCAUUUUGAGCCAAUAUCUAUUAUUCCACAAUGCACGAUGAUUUCAAUAUCUCAUUUUGAGCCAAUAUCUAUUAUUCCACAAUUAUUCCAUUUUGAGCCAAUAUCUAUUAUUCCACAAUGCCCAAUAUCUAUUAUUCCACAAUGCACGUAUGAUUUCAAUAUCUCAUUUCAAUAUCUAUUAUUCCAUUUUGAUUUCAAUAUCUCAUUUUGCCAAUAUCUAUUAUUCCACAAUGCCCAAUAUCUAUUAUUCCACAAUGCACGUAUGAUUUCAAUAUCUCAUUUUGAGCCAAUAUCUAUUAUUCCACAAUGCACGAUGAUUUCAAUAUCUCAUUUUGAGCCAAUAUCUAUUAUUCCACAAUGCACCUUCUUAAUGUACAAAUUAUUACUGUAUCUAUCUAUCUAUCUAUCUAUCUAUCUAUCUAUCUAUCUAUCUAUCUAUUUAUAUACUGUACUGUACUGA